AUGGUCAACAUUACGGAGAAGAUCAAGGAGAUCGAGGAGGAGAUGAGGAAAACACAGAUAACGAAAGUGACAUGCAGAGUAUCAUCUGGGUCUUUUGAAGGGGUACGGCAGCAUCUGAUCAAGAAGAGGCAGUUUCGGCUAACAAAUACCAGUAAACUUGCCCGUCUCCGUGCACAACUCCUCGAGCCCGGCCCAGGCGCCGGCGGUGGCGGAGGAGCAGGCUUCGACGUCAGCAAAAGUGGUGACGCCCGAAUCGCACUCGUCGGGUUUCCAUCUGUAGGAAAGUCCACAUUCUUAUCCAAAGUCACCAAGACGAGGUCCGAGGUCGCGGCGUACUCCUUCACGACCCUGACGGCCAUUCCCGGCGUGCUCGAGUACGGCGGUGCCGAGAUCCAACUGCUCGAUCUGCCGGGUAUCAUCGAGGGUGCCGCCGAGGGCAAGGGCAGAGGACGACAGGUCAUCUCGGCGGCCAAGACGAGCGACAUGAUCCUCAUGGUGCUGGACGCCACGAAGCGCGCCGAGCAGCGCGCGCUGCUCGAGGCCGAGCUGGAAGCUGUGGGCAUCCGCCUCAACCGCGAGCCACCAAACAUCUACCUCAAGAUCAAGCAGGCCGGCGGCAUGAAGAUAACGUUCCAGAGCCCGCCGAAGCGCCUCGACGAGAAGAUGCUCUACAACAUCCUGCGCGACUACAAGAUUCUCAACUGUGAGGUGCUCGUGCGCGACGAGAACGCGACGGUCGACGACCUCAUCGACGUCAUCAUGAAGGACCACCGCAAGUACAUCAAGUGCCUCUACGUCUACAACAAGAUCGACUCGGUGUCGCUCGACUUUCUCGACAAGCUCGCGCGCGAGCCGCACACGGUCGUCAUGAGCUGCGAGCUCGACCUCGGCAUCCAGGACGUCGUCGACCGGUGCUGGGACGAGCUGCGGCUCAUCCGCAUCUACACGAAGCGCAAGGGCGUCGAGCCCGACUUUGGCGAGGCGCUCAUUGUGCGGAGCAACAGCACCAUCGAGGACGUGUGCGGAUCAGAUUCACAGGACGCUCAGGAGACGUUCAGGGAUAGGCAAAAAACGGAGAAAGUAUCCCCCCUCUAA